UGGUGCAUGACAGUCCAUUUUUGCCUCCCAUCUUUUAAAACACUUCAAGCUUCCCUAUCCUAAAAAAAAUAGCACUUUGUUUACCCAAUGAGGUCAACGUCCUUGGUUUACCUUUACCUUUUGACCCCGUUGAAAGAAAGGUUACUGACCGUACAGUCAACACCUGACGUGUACAUUCAUUGCUUGGAGGGAAUGGACUGAACAAAUUGACCGUACGGUCAUCCAGUACAGAUAAAUAGGGGGAAGACAGCAGUGAUUCAGCAACACUCUACAUAGACCUUGCAAGUAGGAGCUCAGUGAGUCGACAGAAUUGGAGACACAAAUUGAAGAACUGCAUGAUACCAGCUGGCAGCUACCACAAGCGCAGUAUCCACAAACAACAGAGCACAAUGAGUUUUGAGAAGAUAAGCUGGGAGUACAAGGGGUUUACUCUCCCUCGUGACAUUACCGAGGAAACCCUGGACGAUCUGUCUACCUUCCAGAUUCGAGACGACGACAUUGUUGUGGCAAGUUUUCCAAAGACAGGGACAAACUGGCUGUUGGAGAUUGUAGGUAAGAUCCUGCGUGCUGCAGGAAAAACAGAAAGCAGUACAGACAGUCUGAUUGCACCAGGGCCUUUGGAGAUGAAGACACCGACAGCUACACAACCAUGCUACGUCAUGCUCGCAGACAUGCCCUCUCCUCGCAUUGUGGCUACACACCUGCCUUUUGAGUUGGCACCAGAAGGGAUAUCCAAGCCACAAAAUAAGGUGAAAAUCCUGGUGCCAAUGAGGAACCCAAAGGACACGGCUGUGUCACUCUACCACUUUGGCAACAAGAUUUUCAAGUUGAUGGGUAUAACACACGACAUUCCAUGGGAAGGGUUUGCUCAGAAGUUCACCAAUGGAAAAGUGGCAUAUGGACCAUUUGAAGACCAUGUCUUGGGCUGGUGGAAGAUGCGAGAUGACCCCCACUUCCUCUUCCUCAAAUAUGAGGACAUGAAGAAGGAUCUGCUGAGUGCAGUGAAGACCAUAGUGGCAUUUCUGGAGGUUGAUCUGGAUGAAUCGACCAUAAAAGGCAUCGCAGAGGCCAGUACUUUCAACAACAUGAAGGCAGACAUGGAUAACUCCAAGAUGGCUGAGAGACAGGCGAUAGCCAGGAAAGGUAUCAUAGGAGACUGGAAGAACAUGUUUACACCAGAGCAGAGUAAAGCCUUUGAUGACUGGUAUGAGGAGAAGUUUAGUGGGACUGGCGUCAUAUUUGACUUUGAAUAAAAAAGCUGACACUGUUCGAGUUAUGUUACAGUGUACAUUCAUUCAGCACCUCACUGUAGGAUAUUAUAUAUAAUUGACGUCCUUUUCUGUACUAUCAAUAGUAACUAUUCAAGUUUCUUAAAAAAAGAUUUCACUAAUAACAUCUAAAUAAAUUUUCUCUAAAAUUAUCAAUAAUAGCUAGUAUAAAAAUUGAAAGUUCAAGUUGCAAUUUAUGCUAGUAUACAUGUGGAUUACAGUUCAAUAAUGUACUGUGAUCAUUAUGACAUGUCCACAAUUAUAAUUGAUUGAUUCAUUUGCAAUUGCAAGGAUACAAAGUAACAAGUGUCUAACAUUGUUUA